CGUAGGGGUUGCGCUUAAGCGUAGCAGCAGCGAGGGGGAAGGCGGUCUCGCUCCCCUGGGUGCACGCGUGUCGCGUGCAUGGGCAAUCGGGAACGGAGCCUACCCAGGACUGCUGAAGGACCUCCAAGGUCGAGGCUGCAAUUUGCAUAUUGGUCACUUGUAAUACCAGAUAGAAAGCUGCCUGUGCCUCAAGCAGAUCCUUAAAUUUCGUGUCGGCGACAUGUAUUGCUUUGAGAUGGCGAUUGGUUUAACAUAAUACUUGCUUCGCAUCCUUCUACGACAGCUGUCAUCUAGGGUGGGAGGGAAGCAAGUAGAGGACCCGACGUGCCGCUAAUGCCAGGCGACGACGGAAGAUGGGGCGACGACGCCGCGCCAGGCCCAGCCGCUGAGCGCGGCCGGGAACGCGGCGGCCGGGAACGCUCAACGCGCAGCCGCAGCCGCAGCCGAGAUCGGUCCCACCGCGACCGCUCGGAGCGGGACCGGUCCGAACGCCGGGAGGGCGACCGGGAGGGCGACCGGGAGAGGCGCUUUGACCGCAGCCACCGGGAGCGGCGAGACCGCGAGGCGGGGCACGAUCGCGACAGCAAGGACGGUCCGGAGCGGCGCACGUAUCGCAGCCGCAGCCGCAGCCGCAGCCGGGACCGCCGGCGCGGGGAGGACAGGGCCGGCCGGGAGCGGGAGGGGGAGCGGGACGCCAGGGGCCGUGAGGCUCGGGAGUCGGAACGGGACCACAGGAGCACUCGUGGCCGGUGGGGAUCCCCGCCUCGCCGUGACGGGAAAGACGAAGGCGGCCGUGGCGUUGGCGGCGGAGCUGCUGCUGCCGCCGAGCCGCCCCCACGCCGCUGGCGCAGCCCCAGCCCACAGGACCGGGACAAUGGUGGUGGUGGCGGCGGCGGCGGCGGUGGUGGUGGUGGCGGUGCAUGGAACCCGCCUCCUCCACCAGCACCACCACCAUUCCAUGGAGGCGGCGGGAGAGGCUACGACCGUGGUGGUUACGGCGGUGGUGGCGGAGGCGGGGGCCGGGGCGGGCCGCCGCAGUCUGCGGAGCCGCCGGCGCUGUACUCGAUCCACCGCGGCCGCGUGCACACCAUCCGGCCCUUCGGCAUCUUUGUGGCUCUGCCCGGCUACCGGCGACACGUCAUGGUGCACAACACGCAGGUCAGCGAUGAGCUGAAGUUCACUCGGGAGGAUGACGACGACGCCAAGGUCAAGGCGCUGGAGUUCUACUUCCCGCAGGGCGAGGAGGUGUGGGUCAAGGUGCUGGAGGUCACGCCCGACGAGCGCAACCCGACCGAGUGCCGUGUGAACGGAUCCAUUCGCGCGGUGGAUCAGGCCAGCGGGGCGGAUUUGGAUCCAGGCAACACGCUGAUGAUGAUGGGAGGAGGCGGAGGCGGGGGAGGCGGAGGAGGGCACGGAGGAGGCGGGCACCGCGGCCCCGGCGGCCCCGAGUCCGACGAGCCGCCCGAGGUGGGCUCGGUGCACCGCGCCACCGUGAAGCGCAUUGAGGCCUACGGCGUGUUCGUGGCCCUGGCCGGGUUCAGGCGGCACGGCCUCGUGCACACCAGCCAGGUGAGCAACUACCUGAGCUUCAGCAAGGAGGACACGGACGAGCAGAAGAAGCAGGAGCUGGAGGGAGUGGUCAACGUGGGAGAACAGAUCUGGGUCAAGGUGGUGGAGGUCAACCCCGACGAGGCGCGCGGCGGCUUCAAGAUCGGCUGCUCCAUCAAGCUGGUCAGCCAGGCGGACGGCGAGGACCUGGACCCGGCAGGGAGCAGGUACAAGCCGCGCGGCGAGGGCGGCGGGCGGCCGGGCGGCCCCCAGGGCAUCGGCGCCAACGCCGGCGAGGUUGGGAGAGGCGGCAAGAUCGACUGGGGCUACCUGGCGGCUGACACCAAGCUGUACGUCAAUGAGAAGGAGGCGGCGCAGUACAAGCUGCUGGAGGAGGAGCCCGGGCCGGCGGGGCCGGGCGGGAGACCGGGCGGGCCCCCGGGUGGGCUGCCGGGGCCUCCCGGGAGAGGAGGCGGCGGGCUGCCGCCGCCUCCCAGCGCGCCGGUCGGCCGCGGCCGCGGCAUGGUCCUCCCCGCCUGGAUGACGCAAGGUGGCGGUGCAGGCACCGGCGGCAGCGGCGGGCCACCCGCGCCUGGCUCGCUGCCGGGGCCGCCGCCCAUGCCUGGCAGCGGCGGGCAGCAGCAGGUGGUGCCCGGGCACCUGCCUUCUUCCUCCAAGUUUGAGCUGACGGGCAACGCACGCGAGCGCGAGGUGGAUCCGUCCAUGAUGCUGCUGGACCUGGUGGGAGGCGGCGGCGCCGGCGGCGGAUCCCGCAUCAGCAGUAUAGAGGAGGCACUCGCAAUCCUCGAGGCUCACGGCGGCGGCGGCGGCAAGAAGAGCAAGAAGGACAAGAAAGAUAAGAAGGACAAGAAGAAGAAGGACAAAGGGAAAAAGGACAAGAGCAAGAAGGACAAGAAGAGCAAGAGCAAGUCGCGGCGCCGCAGCAACAGCGGCAGUAGCAGUAGCAGCAGUGAUAGCGAGGAGGAGGACAGGCGGAGGCGGUGAGGGCUUGUUGGAGGUUGUGCCGGCGUACGUCUCUGGCUAGCUAGUGUGGCCAUAGGAUGGGCGCGCAGUUUGGGUAUGCUGCUUGCGUGCGGCGCGUGCGGCGCAAGAGCUGACGCUUUGGGGCACGUCCCGCAGUCCAUGCGACUGGCGGUAUGACGAGUAUCAAACUAU